AUGGAAAGCUCAGAUAAAGCACCAGGCGAGACACUGCAACCAGUACGGUCCCACAAUACUCAGGCUGUUGGUGGAGUAGUUCACCUACGAUCUCAUGCAAAGUUACCCGGUCACAAGAAUUCCGUCGAUCUCGCCCAGGGGAAAGAGCUUGAAGAUCCCGAAGACGAGGAUGCAGGUUUACGCGAUGAGCGCGAUUUUAAGCGCAGUCAGGCCUUCAGCCUUAGCCAGGUCUUCUUACUGGCGUACCAAUCGGUCGGUGUGAUCUACGGCGACAUUGGUACCUCGCCUCUUUACGUGUUUUCAUCCACGUUUACAGAGGCGCCGAACCAUGCGGAUCUGCUCGGGGCCUUGUCCCUCAUUCUCUGGGCAGUGACUUCCAUGGUGACGAUCAAGUAUAUCCUGAUUAUCCUUCACGCAGACAACGAUGGUGAGGGUGGUACAUUCAGUACCUACUCGCUUCUGUCAAGAUAUGCAAACAUUGCUAAUCGCGAUCCACGAGAAGCUACUAUGAUUCGUAUGCAAAGAUAUGCCACCGACGAUCUUGGUCGCUCCACCAAGACUAUCCGAUCAUCCAUUGAGAAUUCUAGGUUCUUCCGCGGCCUCUUGAAGGCCAUCGGAGUACUUGCAGUGUCCAUGGUCAUGGCUGAUGGCGUCUUGACUCCCGCUCAGUCUGUUCUUGGUGCAGUACAGGGUUUGACUGUUGUCAAGGAAGACAUUUCAAGGUCGACUAUCGUUGGUGUCACAUGCGCAAUCCUUAUCAUGCUGUUUGUGAUUCAGCCUCUGGGAAUUAACAGACUCACAAGAGUGUUUUCGCCCAUUGUCAUAGUUUGGCUUUUGUUGAAUGCCGGUUUUGGAAUCUACAAUCUGGCCAAGUACGACUACGCAAUAUUGAAGGCGUUCAAUCCGUACUAUGCUUUCGAUUACCUAGCACGGAACAAACAUCACGGGUGGAGAAGUCUUGGGGGUAUAUUGCUCGCUUUUACCGGUGUUGAGGCACUCUUCGCGGAUAUUGGUGCUUUCAGCCGCCAUGCGAUUCAAUUGAGUUGGCUUAGCUUUGCUUACCCUUGCCUCCUGCUGGCCUACAGCGGCCAAGCUGCUUACAUCAGCGAACACCCGAACGCUUACUCCAACCCGUUUUACAACUGCGCUCCUCCGGGCUGGCUCAUUUUCUCCCUGAUAGUGGCAAUUGCCGCUGCCAUUGUGGCUUCGCAAGCCAUGAUCACAGCAACAUUCCAGCUACUCACGCAGAUCAUGAAGCUCUCGUACUUCCCACAAAUCAAGGUCGUGCAUACGUCUACCGUUUACCACGGUCAGCUCUACGUGCCGAGUGUCAACUGGCUACUUAUGAUUGGAACUGUCCUUGUAGCUGCGAUUUACAAUAACACCACAUCUCUCGGUAACGCUUAUGGCGUGUGUGUCAUGUUCGUCACAUUCUUUGACACCUGCAUGGUGACGCUGGUUGCCAUCUUGGUAUGGGGAAUCAAGCCAUACUUCGUCUUUCUUCCUUGGCUUGUUGUAGCUUCUUUGGAUGGCGCUUUCUUGUCAUCUGCUCUUACGAAAGUUCCGGAUGGUGCCUGGUUUACAAUCCUCCUGGCAUCUAUCCUCGCGUCUAUCUUCAUAUUGUGGCGCUUUGGCAAAGAGCAGCAAUGGUUUGCAGAAGCCAGCGACCGAUUUCCGACUACGCACUUUGUCAAGACUGGCCAAGAUGGUCGAUUGUACCUGACCGAGCUAUUCGGCCACAAGCCUGUUGGCCCUAUGGAAGGCUUUGGCAUUUUCUUCGACAAAGCUGGCGAAACCACACCGAUUGUGUUCAGCCAGUUUAUCCGCAAGCUCGCUGCACUGCCAGAGGUUAUUGUGUUCUUCCAUCUCCGGCCCCUAGAUCAGCCAUUCGUCGAACCAGAAGAUCGUUACAGUGUUUCUCGGCUGGCAGUUCCCAACUGCUAUCGACUCGUAGUUCGACAUGGCUACAUGGACGAGGUCAUCACACCGGAUCUCGCAUCCUUGAUCUUCGAAAAAGUUCGCAAUUACAUCGUCGAGCGCGCCCUUGAGCGCGAAGGCGAGAAGCUUGCCACCACAUCCAGUACUCAUACUGUCAGGCAGCUCGCUGAUAUGGAGGGCCUCAACAACACGAGCAAUGCAUCCGGCAUGUCUGCAACAGGAAUCUCUACACCACCGCGUAGUUCAACAACAUCUUCCCGCCUGGAAGCUUUAGAACGCGCGUACAAUCACGAGGUGAUCUACAUCAUCGGCAAGGAGCAGAUGAAAGUCUCCGUGGGUACGAACAUCGUGCGUCGGUUCUUUAUCAACGCCUUCCUAUUCAUUCGAGAUAGCACACGAACAAAGAUUGCAAGUCUCGACAUACCACUCGAUAGGGUCAUCGAAGUUGGCUUUGUGAAAGAUGUUUGA